AUGAAAGAGCAGCUAAAUGACAACAGUUUGAAUGGCAGUCUGUCCAGUUUCGAUACUGGAUUAGGUGGUGGUGGUAGUCACGGCGCUCUCGGUAUUGGUCCCGGUCCCGGUGGUUUGUCUGGUGCGUUUGGCGAUCUGGAUUGGUCUUCGAGCUCGGUUCCGCGUGGUUUAGGUGCCUCAUCAGUCCCACUACCAGCUCUGGCUACUUCGACUGGUGGCGGACGGGAUCGUAUGCAACCAGUAUCGGCCAUGGGAAUGCCCAUAUCCAAUGAUCCGUUCUUCUCAACGGACCCGUUCGCAACCACAGCGGACACGGCGGCCCAAAAAGCUACAUUUCCCGCAGGGACAGCUGAAAAAGACGUAUACGAGUGUAACGCAGUUGACGUUUUUGAUUUCUUUAGUGUCUUGAUAAAAUGCAACAUCACAGUUCGCAAUCUGAUUGCGAGAAAAUUUGCAACAAAUCAGAAAAGAGUGUACAAUGUGUGA